AUCAUCUCUGAAGCGAAAACGUACGGAUCCAACCUCUGAGUCAAUCCUUCCUCUCCAGAAUCACCAUGACCAUUCAAUCAUCAAAACCUCAAGAUGACCAGAGCAAGGAUUCAAAGAGCUCGUAUUUUAACCUUCCAGCACUGGAUGUCUCCGUUGCAUUUCCUCAAGCAACACCAGUUUCAGUCUUUCCACCUUGCACCUCAGACUUCUAUCACUUCGAUGACCUACUAACCCCUGCGGAGCAAGCUCUAAGAUUGCGAGUAAGAGAGUGUGUGGAGAGAGAAGUUGCUCCAAUAAUGACCAAGUACUGGGAGAAGGCUGAAUUUCCAUUUCAAAUUGUUCCAAAGCUAGGUGCUCUGAAUAUAGCUGGUGGAACUAUCAAGGGUUAUGGGUGUCCAGGUCUGUCCGUCACUGCAAAUGCGAUAGUUACGGCAGAACUAGCCAGAGUUGAUGCAAGCUGCUCUACUUUCAUUUUAGUGCAUUCUUCUUUAGGAAUGCUCACUAUAUCUCUAUGUGGGUCAGAAAUACAAAAACAGAAGUAUUUGCCUUCACUGGCCAAACUAAAUACGAUAGCUUGUUGGGGUUUGACUGAACCUGACUAUGGUAGUGAUGCAAGUGGCCUUAGAACAACAGCAACAAAAGUGGAUGGAGGUUGGGUACUUGAAGGCCAAAAACGAUGGAUUGGGAACAGCACUUUUGCAGAUAUUUUGAUUAUUUUUGCUAAAAACAAAGACACAAACCAGAUAAAUGGAUUCAUCGUGAAGAAGAAUGCACCUGGGUUGCAAGCUACCAAGAUAGAAAAUAAAAUUGGGCUCAGAAUGGUUCAAAAUGGAGAUAUUCUGUUACAGAAAGUUUUUGUUCCUGAUGAAGACAGGUUACCUGGGGUGAACUCUUUCCAAGAUACAAGCAAAGUGCUUGCUGUUUCUCGUGUCAUGGUUGCCUGGCAACCUAUUGGCAUCACAAUGGGUGUCUACGAUAUGUGCCACAGAUACUUACUAGAGAGAAAACAGUUUGGAGCCCCAUUGGCAGCUUUCCAAAUCAACCAGCAGAAGCUAGUUCAAAUGUUGGCCAAUAUCCAAGCAAUGUUUCUCAUGGGUUGGCGCCUUUGCAAGUUGUAUGAGGCUGGUAAAAUGACUCCUGGUCAAGCCAGCUUGGGCAAGUCAUGGAUCAGCUUGAGGGCUAGGGAGACAGUUGCACUAGGCCGAGAGUUACUUGGUGGGAAUGGAAUAUUAUCCGACUUUUUAGUCGCAAAGGCAUUUGGAGAUUUGGAGCCAAUCUACACAUACGAAGGAACAUAUGACAUUAACACAUUGGUGACAGGUCGGGAGAUCACAGGUAUCGCCAGUUUCAAGCCCGUUGUAAAGAAGCCUCAAAUGAGUCGCUUGUAAGCACUCUUCCUAUCGAGGAAAUGAAAUUGUGUGUGUUAUGUUUAAGAUAGUAACAAGUAGUAGUAACUUAUGAAACUGGACAUGGAUUUGGAUAUGCUUAAUAAAGAAGAAACACACAUUUUGAUUC